AUGAAGUUCUCCUUUGUUGCCACCCUGGCCAUGGCCGUCAGCGUCAUGUCAGCCGCUGUGCCGGCCAUGCCCCAACCCAUCGGCACGGUUAUGGUCAUGGAAAAGCGCCAGUUCGAAUCCAAUGGUGCAAUUUUGGACACUCUGAAGCAAGCCGUCGUUGAGCAAACGACGCAAAUCAACGCAACCCUUGACGGCGCCCCCGAGAGCCCCUCGACCGACGAGGCCAAUUCUCUUGCCGACGAGAUCAACCCCCGCUUUGCAGCGAUUGCCGACGCCCUCAGGGAAGCUACCUCCUCCUUCCAGCUCCGUUCUCUGGUCGCUCGCCAGGAGGAGGACGGGGAGGCGGAUUCGUGCGACGCGCAGUGCAUCACCGAGAAGGUCCUCGAUAUAGUCUACGAGAUCGCCAGCACCAUCCGCGCGGCAAUCGAAAGGCUCGGCCUUCGCCCGCUCAUCCUCCAGAUCAACCCGCUCCUGCUGGCUCUCAGCGCGCUGGUCAUAUCCCUAAACGUCUUGAUCUCGGGCUUGCUGCUGACGGUCUCGGCUGUGGUGACGACCCUGCUCGGUGGGCUGGGGCUCAGUUUGUUGUUGCUGGGUUUCAUUGUGUAA